AUGCCCGCAACGAUUUACGUUCCUUCUUCUCGGGCAGAGCCUACCAACAACUCGACAGGACACAUUCUAACGCAAUCCUCAGCCACUGCUAUCAAUGCAUUCAAGUCUGAUUCUACAUUACGAACAGUCGAUGCAUUGGUACGGCAGCGGGCUAUCUAUUAUCCUCAAGAUCAUAUUGUCUCAUAUCCGAGGUCUGGUAUCGACUUUAUAGAUUACAACAUACAAGAACUUGAUGUUUUUGCUUGGAGAGCAGCGAGUCGCUAUGCACAACACGUUCCCGCACGCAAGACCUCCCAAGAAAAGCCGCGUGUGGUAGCUCUCUUGGGCCUAUCCAACUUGGAGUAUCUCAUAACCUUGCUAGCUUUGACAAAGCUCGGACACACAGUUUUGCUUGUCUCUACAAGGAUCACAGUGGAAGCCGUUGAAUCCCUCAUAAAUGCUACAUCAACAGCUACAAUUAUUACCGACAAGAGGCAUUCAAAUACCGCCAAGCAGGUCCAGGAAUUAGUACCUUCGCUACAGCUCCUCGACAUUGUUGACCGUGCGGUAUUUGAGUAUUCUAUUGAGGCCCAUGGUGACACUCAACUAGAUGCUCAGCUGGAUGCUGAGAUUGAGACCCAAAACAUUGCCUUCAUAAUCCAUUCAAGCGGAUCGACUGGCCAUCCAAAGCCGAUAUACCAAUCUCACAAGUCAUGUCUUGCAAAUUACUCCGUGAGCAUGAAUAUGAAAUCAUUCAUUACAUUGCCGUUGUUUCACAAUCAUGGUAUUUGCAACUUCUUUCGAGCAUUACAUAGCCGAAAGUCGAUUCAUCUUUACAACGCCGAACUUCCAUUGACGCAAGACUAUUUGCUCAAAAUUAUGCAAGCAAAUAAUUUCGAGAUAUUCUAUGGCGUUCCGUAUGCACUCAAGCUACUCUCGGAAACACAGAGAGGCAUUAGCGUUCUUCAAGAAUUGAAGGUUGUGAUGUAUGGCGGCUCAGCCUGUCCAGAUGACCUCGGAAACCUACUCGUUGAGAAUGGAGUCAACUUGAUUGGUCAUUAUGGCGCGACAGAAGUUGGGCAACUGAUGACCUCUUUCCGACCUGAAGGUGACAAGGAGUGGAAUUACGUACGGGAGAGCGAAAAAUUGUCCAAGUUUCUAAGAUGGGUUCCGCGAGGGCCAGGCCUUUACGAAUGCGUUGUUCUGGAUGGUUGGCCAUCUAAAGUGCAAUCUAACCAACAUGAUGGCUCUUAUGCGACCAAAGACCUAUUCCAGCCUCACCCAAGCAUUCCUAGAGCGUGGAAAUACAUUGCCCGACUCGACGACACAAUCGUUCUUGUAAACGGCGAGAAAUUCAAUCCUGUCAUGAUGGAGGGAAAGAUUCGAUCCAACAAAAAUGUCGCUGAAGUUGUCGUAUUUGGCGCUGGCCGGGCGCAUCUUGGGAUGCUGCUUAUUCCUGCUGCAGCAUUGGCAGAUCGUGCUACUGAGGAGAUUCUGGAUACAAUUUGGCCAGUUGUCGAAUUAGCAAACCAAACUGCGGAUGCCUUUGCUCGAAUUUCACGAAACAUGAUUCGAGUACUGCCGCAUGAUUGUUCGUAUCCUCGAACAGACAAGGGGAGCAUAAUACGCCAAGCCUUUUAUAAGCAAUUUCAGCAGGAGAUUGAAGAGGCUUAUGAUCUUGCUGACACUGUGUCCAGAGAGCUUGUGCAGUUCAGCCUCCCGGAGCUCCAAGACUUUUUGAGAGGCUUGCUUCAAAAGACUCUUCACUCACCUACAACAGUUGAGGACGAUGACGACUUUUUUGUGUUGGGCCUAGACUCUUUGCAAGCUAUCCAUAUGAGAAGUGAGAUUCUUAGGACAGUUGAUAUUGGCGGAAAUAAGCUUGGACAACAAGUCGUGUUUGAGCAACCGUCGAUCAAUAGAUUGAGUUCCUUCUUACUUAAUCUCCGAAUUGGUCGCAAUACGGACGAGGAGCCAUCGAUCGAACAACAGAUGGAAAGUCUCGUGACGCGAUAUUCGACAGAGAUUCUGUCUAUAUCUUCUAGAUCAUCCAUCGUUGUUACGGGAGCCACAGGUUCCCUAGGAGCACAUGUCGUUGCAAAGUUAGCCUCUCGACCAGAUGUUGACCAAAUAUACUGUCUUGUCCGCGCUCGCGACUUAUCUCAUGGCCAAAAACGUGUUGUAAGCUCGAUGAUGCAAAGAAGGGUAUAUCAUUCGCUACCAUUAUCCUCCCGGCGCAAGAUCAUAACUCUGCCCUCCAACCUAGCUGAACCGGAUCUUGGCCUUUCUAAAUCGGCUUACGAGACAGUUACUGAGAAUUUGUCCGCUGUUAUUCAUUGCGCUUGGUCAGUCAAUUUUAAUAUGCAUCUGUCGAGCUUCGAAAAGGGAAAUAUCGCUGGCGUGUCUCACCUUAUAUCCCUCUGCCAAUCUGCGCAGCCGCCAGCAACGAUGAAUUUUUGUUCAUCUGUCAGUACAUGUUCACAAGCGACAAUAGUGCCGGUACCUGAACGAGCCCCAGACUUUGCGUGGGCCCAGAAUAUGGGAUAUGCUCAAUCCAAGGCAGUAGCUGAGCAUAUCUGUGCUAAGGCUUCCUCUCACGGCGUUACGACCCGCGUGUUGCGCGUUGGACAAAUCAUUGGAGAUACAAUACACGGCGUCUGGAAUGCACAAGAAGCCGUGCCUAUGAUGAUGCAAACUGCAAUAACGAUUGGAGCUCUGCCAAAACUCCAAGAGACGCCGUCGUGGCUACCCGUUGAUGUUGUCGCAGAUGCUGUGACAGAUAUAUCGCUCUCUGAUGCAGGCAGCAUUUUUGCCAACAUAACUAACCCACGUGUUUUUAGCUGGAAUAACGAUCUCAUACCAGCUCUACAUAAAUGUGGGCUUGUCUUUGACGAAGUUGAGCCAAAGGAGUGGAUUAAGAGACUCCGAGCAUCAAAUCCAGAUCCAAUUGCCAACCCACCGAUCAAAUUGACAGACUUCUUCGCAUCCAAGUAUGAUAAGGAUUCAUUCAAUCCGUCUAACAUGUUCGCUACCGAUGUCGCAAGAUCAUUGUCGCCAGCUUUGAACAAAAUUCCCAAUCUCGUGGAUGAACAUGUCGCAAAAUUUGUCAGCUACUUGACCGAAAAGGCGUGGAAGAAGUCAUCAUCUCCUGCUGGUGUUGAGAAAAUGGCUAUCAUCAUGAUCGGUCCUUGCGGAACCGGCAAAUCUACCAUUGGGAAGAAGGUAUCACAAACUCUCGAUGUUCCUUUUAUUGAAGGGGAUGAAUUGCACUCUCGCCAGGCCGUUGAAAAAAUGCGGUCUGGUGUGAGCCUUGCGGAUGAUGAUCGCAUAUCAUGGAUAGAUCGAAUCAACCACCGCGCAACAGGCACUCUCUUUGACCUUGCUUAUGAUUCAGUUGUGAUCAGCUGCUCAGCACUAAAGGAAGUAUAUCGUGACCAGAUUCGUCACUAUAUGACGGCACACAAAGUGAAGGUCGUUUUUAUCAGUUUAGAGGCUGAUAGAGAGGUUCUUGCUAGGCGAUUACAAGAGCGCAAGGGGCAUUAUAUGAGCCAACAUUUGGUUGAUAGCCAGAUUGACUUAUAUGAGGAGCCUGGCAGUAAGGAAUAUGACAUUGUGCCUGUUGAUGCGGAAAAGGAUGAGGAGACUGUCUUGGAGAUGGUUCGUUGGUUAUUAGAAGAUGCUGUUAAAUUGCUUUGA